UAUUAUUUUUUAAAGGAAUGUGAUCAGUGCAUGUGAUCGACAGAUUUAUGAAACAUACAUUUUAUCUGAAAUUGUGUGGCAUAGUAUUCUAUUUAUUUAUUUAUUUUUAAGUUGUGAGGAGUAAGAGGCCACACCUACUUUUCCGGGACUGACGCAUUCAGAAAAGGCCACGCCUCCUUUUCUGUAACUGACACACACACAAAUGCCAUGCCUCCUUCUUUUCUAGGACUGACACACAUACACAAAGACCACGCCUCCUUUUCUGCAACUGACAUACCCAAAGACCACGCCUCCUUUUCUGCAACUGACAUACACAAAGACCACGCCUCCUUUUCUGGGAUUGACACCCACACAAAGACCACGCCUCCUUCACUGAGACCGAAGCAUAAAGCCCGGAGGAAGAAACCCGUGUGAACACGUUGGGUAGUUUUGAGUAACAGUACACUAGUGAUGCACCGUGUUUUCACUCCAUUUAAAUCCAGUGAAGCACACAGACGUUCCUCGACUCGAAUCUGCUCAUCUUUAAAGCCCAUAAUAAAGUCUGUGUGGGGUUUUUUUUAUCGCCACUAGGUGGCAAUAAGACCCGCUUUAUUUCAGCGGAAUAACCGCAGCGCUGCUCGACGCUCUCUCCUCUGCACGAGAUGCAGGAGUAGUGCAUUAGGUUUUUAGGAAGUUUUGCAUCCCUGUGUGUGUGUGUGUGUGUGUGUGUGUACAUGCGUGUGAUCUGACUGCUGGAUACCAGAGCUGCUGCUGUGCAGGGGACCGGAUCCUGUGUGCGGAUUGUUCUCCCUCUCCCUCCCUCCAUCCCUCCAUCUCUCUCUCUCUCCUCCUCCUCCUCUAUCAUCCUGCAGGCCCUGUACGUGCCACUCUGAGAGGGUUUUGUUUUCUUCAUAAUAACCAAUAACAGCAUGGGGCUUGAGAGUCAAGUCCCGGCUCAGCCUACGGCCAGCCUGACCACCAGACAGGUGAAGACUUUCCAGAAGGUGGAACCGAAAGCUUUAGGGUCGAUCCAGAUCAUCAUCGCGGUUUUGUUGCUGUGCCUGAGCGUCUCCGUGCUUCAGAUCUACAACGAAGUUCACUUCACCCCCGACCUCAUCGUAGUGGUCGUGAUCGUCGUGCAGAUUCUUGCCUCCGGUUCAGUCCUGAUCCAUGCUGGGAGGUUCCCUUCUCUUUUCUGGGUAAAGACGACGCUGGCCGUUCACCUUGUGAGUGCUGCGUUUGCCGUGGCCGCUCUGGGCCUCCUGUCUCGCCACCUUCCCUACAGACAGGACUCGUAUCACUGCGAGCACUGCAGGAGACUGGAGAUCUACGCUGUGCAACAAUAUUGUUUCAAGAAAUGCACAUAUACGAUCGAAAGAACCUGUAAACUCUUGAUUGACGGCUUUUUGGCUACGCUGGUGCUGUUCCUGGUGGUGGAGCUGACCGUCUGCAUCGUCACCAUUCUGUUUGGACUCAGUGUUCUGGCUAAAGGAGGCCUGCAUCUGCCUGGAGUGGUUCAGCGUGUUGAAGGUCCCCCAGCUCGUGCAGCUCCACCUCAGCCAGAGGUCGCACCUUUUCAGGUGGAGGUGCUGGAGGAGGUGAUGGUACCCGCGGCUGCACGUGAACCUCUUCCUCAGCCGGUAGAGGAAGCUUCCACUCCUCCCACCGAACCACAGGUCGAGCCUAUUGACUCUAUAGCGGAGGUCUGAGCCAGGGUCAUGUGACCACGUUUCCACGGCAAUUAGGAGCUUUAUUCAUCCGAACGUCUUCUCUGAGCAGAAAGUACCGUGAUUGGUUUAGUUAGGCAGCUAGUCCCUUUCUGCUCUCAGAACACAUUUCGAUAACUAAAACUCCUACGUGCUUUUCCACCAAUCAGAGAGGAGCGUGAAUAUCCGAGGCCAGAAAUGAAAUGUGUGCAAUUUACAUUAGCCUCGUAGCUCAUUAUGUUUGAUCUAAACUGAUCAUUAUGAAAGUCAUGUUUAAGUGAAUAACGAUAUGAGGGCCAUUAUGUUUUCCCCAAAGCAUGUAGACGUUUAGUACACAUUAAAUAGAGUUUAUACCACAGCGCUUGUGUAGUUCUUGAAGCUGAUUGGUCAGAAGGUGCGGAUUCAAGUUCUAUAACAGUGGUUCAGAUAGUAGUUCCCGCUGCAAGGUAACUCACAAGUUUGUAACUCAUAAGUAUGUUGAUUCGCGUCUUCCAUUUUGUUAUUGUUUCUAUAGUAACAACUACUCACGGAAGGAAGGAGUCUCCAGUGUCAGCCCUUCGUACUAACAUCACGUUUUAACGUGAUGAAAGCUGCGUUUUCUGUCUUAAGUGAAAAACGCCUGGUGAGCGAGGGAACUGUUUCUAGCUGCUUAAGUGAUAACAGGAACCAGCCGGUUUCUUGUUUCAGGGACAUUCCACAUAACUAAACAUGCAUUCAAGAAGUACCGUUUUUGUAUCGUUUUUAAAUCAUAUCGCUGUGGUAUAAGAGGAAUAAAACAUUUCAGGCAUGCUGUUAUGGGAAAAUAAACAUUACCCCAUCGCGGAUUACUUUCCUGUUACAGCACACCCCCUAGUGUUUUAUUCCAUACUUACAUGACAUUUCAUAAUGAGUUUCAGUACUUUUGGGAAGUCCUGAACAGGAAUCUCGACAUUAACGCCAGUAGAUACCAGUACAGUACAGUACAUAUUGUAAAAUAUCAUGGUUUUUCCCCAAACUGUUAUCAUUUUGUUAUGAUAUGUGUAGGCACCUGCUGUAAAUGACUCUGUUCUACGUUAACGCUUGCACUAUAGAGCGGAUGGACUGUGAAUGAAUGUGAAUGUGAAUUCAUUGUUAUAAUAUAACCGUGUCACACUAACACUUUGGACCUUGUGUUCUCUGCCUGGAGAAAAUUCCUCCUUACACUGUUAGUGCACUACAUGGAGGGCACUUUCUAGUGCACUUCUUUUCGAACAAAGACUUGAAAAUGUGGGGAAAGACCUGAUUUUAUUCGUGAUGUAACUGAAGCAUCUCAUCCUUCACUAAAGCUGAGCUUGAUGAACACGUACGGCUGGGGGUUGUUGUUGUUUUUGUACGCUGGAAUAUUUUUGAAAAGAAAAUCUGAAAUGCGUAUACUGUUAACGUUCUGCUAGUAGCUUCAGCGAACAGGGAAAAAAAAAAAAAAAUCCUACACAUAAUUCAUUUAAACUUCCUGGUGAUGGGAUGUGCCUCGGUGCUAUUACUAUAACACCUACUGUGCAACUUGUUCCCAAACCCCACAACCUGCUGCACUACACACAUCAGCGGAGAUACAGUCUGGCUGAGCGCGGAACAGUUUGUACUAGGCAGAUUAUUCAGCGUGCGCAGACGACAGGUGAUCUUUUCGGAAUCGAAAUAAAGCGCGCGCGGAGCCGUACCGUAACUCUCCUGUGUCGUGUGAGGACAGUGCACGACAUCUCAUAGCCGAAACGUUCGCCAGUGACUGCGUGUUACGUUAAACUCUUGGUUGAAAGACGAUGAUAAUCAUAAAAGCAUCAUUUGCGUUAGUGUGUAUUAGACAAAGUUAAACCGUGAUUCUGGAUCAUGAAAUGAAGUCAGGUGUAGCAAAUCUACUUUAUUGAUUUCUGCUGUCAUUGUCAUGAGCUGGGUUUUUUUUUCUUUCCACCAGAUGGCAGCAGAUGGAAGUGCAGAAUCUUUAUGAAUGUAGUGAGUGCAGAUUGUUUU